GCGGUUUCUCCUUCCCUUUCUCUCUGUCGCGGCGGUGGGCUGUAGCCGCUGUCCCUGACCUGCCACGUUCUUUUUCAUUUUUACAGUUUAAAUUGGCUUCCCAGUUUCAGGAUUCACCCUGUUACCAAAUUAUUCAGAUCCCCUAUUCGGGUCUUCCCUUCCAGUGCCGCUUUGCUCCAGAUUCGUACCUUAGAGCCCGUACCGUGUACUAUGGCGGUGGUGAGCGGGUUGUCGGCACCGGCAGUUGCCCGGCUCGAGGGCCGGGAAUUCGAAUACCUUAUGAAAAAACGCUCGGUGACCAUCGGGCGGAACUCGUCCCAGGGCUCGGUGGACGUCAGCAUGGGCCAUUCCAGCUUUAUUUCGCGCCGGCAUCUAGAAAUUUUUACGGUGGGUGACGAAGAGACAGGCGACGACAGGACGGGCGGAGACUUCUACUUGAGGUGCCUCGGCAAAAACGGGGUGUUCGUGGACGGGGUGUUCCUGCGGAGAGGGGCCGCUCCCCUGCAGCUGCCGCGACUUUGCACCUUUAGGUUUCCCAGCACGAACAUCAAGAUCACGUUCACGGCGCUGUCUAGCGGUCCGAAACAGCACUGGAACGGGCCCGAGUCGCCCGUGGAGCCGCUGACGAUCAGCAUCCCUGACAGCAUCUGUGUCAGCAUCCCUGCCCCGGCUGCGGACAGCAUCGCUCACAUGAUGAGCCCACUCCCAUCACCCACUGGCACUAUCAGCGCUGCCAACUCCUGCCCCUCAAGCCCGCGUGGCGCCGGGGCAUCCAGCUACCGCUCGGGCCGAGCUCUCGCCCCUGAUGUGCAGCUUGCUGUAGACCACUCACAGCCCGAGUAUGACAAAGAACCCCUGGAACAGGGCAGCCCCAAGGACGACUCCAAGCCACCGUACUCCUAUGCACAGCUCAUAGUGCAGGCAAUCACACUGGCUCAGGACAAGCAGCUAACCCUGAAUGGGAUAUACAACCACAUCACCAAGAACUACCCCUACUACAGGACGGCAGACAAGGGCUGGCAGAACUCGAUACGACACAAUCUGUCUCUGAACCGCUACUUUAUUAAAGUGCCCAGGUCCCAGGAGGAGCCGGGGAAGGGCUCCUUCUGGCAAAUAGACCCUGCCUCCAAGGACAAGCUUGUGGACCAGGCCUUCCGGAAGCGCAGGCCUCGUGGUGGGCCGUGCUUCCGCACUCCUCUGGGUCCCCUGUCCUCCAGGAGUGCCCCCGCCUCUCCAAGCCACUCGGGAGCACUGUCUGCUCACUCCAGCGGGGUACAGACUCCAGAAAGUUUAUCCAGGGAUGGCUCUCCAGUGCCGGCUGAACCUGCCGCUGCCCAUGCACCCGCAACUGCCCCAGCCUCCACACCUACUCCCACCCCCGGCUCCGCUGCAGUAGUCCAGCCCAAAAUGGCUGUUAUCCAGGAAGCUCGCUUUGCUCAGAGUACGCCAGGCUCUCCUCUGGCCAGCCAGCCUGUUCUCAUUGCCGUGCAGCGGCCGCUGCCCCAGUCGCUCAAGCCGCUGGCUUACGCCGUAGCCUCACCCGUGCCGAGCUCCACCCAGCAGCCGUCCGUCAUGCAGACCGUCCACCUGGUGCAGCAGAUCCCCGCCAUGACUGUGGCCGAGCCGCAGCAGAACGGGGAGCACAAGGAGGUCAAAGUGAAGGUAGAAUCAGUUCCAGCCAUCAGCCACGGCUCUGUGGGGACAACUAGACACGUCAUCCAGACCUCCCAGGCCGUGCCACUGCAGACCGUUACCAUAGUGACGCAGGCUCCUCUGGGGCAGCACCAGCUGCCAGUAAAGCCCAUCCGGCAGAAUGGCACUCACGUGGUGGCCCUCGCCCCGCAGGGACAGGGCAGCACAGUAUCCAGCGCCCUCCACAUGCUGGCCACCUCCAAAUCCACCUCCCUGCUCAACAAACGGCCCAGCACAGAACCCACCGAGGCCUCGCUACAGAAGAGGGUGAAGGCCGAUGAGGAGGGCACGGACAGGGCGGUGAGCGUCGAGCAAAGCGGGCAGGAAUAGCCCCUCCUCUUCUCCCUCUGUUGCCCAAGGGUGCCAAAGAGGAAGAGAGAAGGAGAUGCUAGGCUGGCCCUGAACACUGAGGCCAGAUGGAUUUAAAAAAAAAAAAAAGACAAAAAAAAUUGAAAAACAAGGUGUCUGUGGGAAGACGGCCACCAAGAAACCUGGAAAUAACAUAAAAAUGAGAACUGCAGCAGUAGUAAAGCUCCAGAUGAAACGUUGAGACUGCCUGAGGUUACAGGUUUCUCAGCUGGCCUGAUGCAUGCUGGGAAGGGGGAGGACUGGGUGUGGUGCAGCCAGGUGACCCACAGCAAGACAAGCAUAGGUUCACUAGGAGCGUGUUCUUCGAAGGAAGUGACGUGUGGAGGCUCUUCCUGUACCUUGGCAGCUAGCCUCUGACGCAGACUUAAGGCAGCUGUCGGUGGAUUGUGUGUUCAUCGUACCUGGAGCAGGCAGCCUUUCCGGCAUUUUCUUUUCCUUCCAUUUCAGUCAUGGGGGGAAGGAGGGACCAAGAAGCAUCCUGGAGAUACUGACGUUACACACAGCUACACCUGAACUAUAGCAGUCACUUAAUUUUUUGUUUUCCUGUUUUUUUCCCUCCAACUCUGGAGUGAUUUUAGUCUGUACUGCCAAACUCAAAUAUCUCGUUUUAUUACAUUCAUCCUCAUGCUAACAAUAUGUUUAAAAUAUAUCCACGUCUAGCUGUGUUUCACCGAUUUUGCAUGUACCAGACUAGAGAGGCGUACCUGACCUGUUAACCAUACGUCUACGUGACGACCUGCCUGUGUUUUGUUAGUUUCUUCUAUACAGGUCUUCUUUUUUGCCCCCCCCCCCCCCCCCCCUGUGUUUAUGCCGUUGCCGAUCAUUUAUUUGGUUACUUUAAUUCUGUUCAGGCAACCGAAAAGUUUCUCAAGACGUUUCACAUUCUGAAGAAGCAAGGAAAGAAAUCCGUGAUGUUUGCUUCAGUGGGUAAAAGCGUUUUAUAUAUAUAAUCUAUAUAUAAAUUAAUUUAAACCUUUAUGUGCAAACUUGGUCUUUUAUACCUGAGUCAUUCUUCAUCAUGGUUUCCUUUAUUCUUGUGGAUAAUGGAUCACAGGUUCCUCUUAGAACCAGUCUCCUCAAAGGAUUCUAAUUAGCCGAUAUUUGGAAGAAAAAAACAUGGCCGUCUUGCCCGCAAGCGUCUAUGUUCAGAGAGACUCCAUUAUCUGUUGCAUGUUGGGCUUAAUGAUGAGAGGGGGUGAAGAUUUGAGGAAUGGUGACGUGCAAGUUCCCUAGGAGCUGCGAAAUGAGCUGGGGUUCAGUCUGCGCUCUGGAGCUGAAGGAAUUAUUUGCGUCAUAAGUAGCCUCAUGGAGGGUCAAACGAGGCACUAAUUUUGUUCUGCAGGGGGACCGGGGAGAAUCGGGAAUCCUACUGGUGGUUUCAGCAUUUGAUGGUGCUCAGUCUUAAAGGCACAGAUUCCUUUCAUAUGUUAAGCUAGGAGGUUCAGUAGCAUGUCAAAGAAAUUUUAUGUCUUUACUGUCAAACAGGGCUGGUUCCUGUUCCGUUUUGGCUCGCAGCCCAUGCCUUUGUUCGAAGAUCGAUUGAUGUCACACUGCAGCUCCGGCUAAUCAGGCGGGGAUGGACCGGUGCUGCAUCUUAAGUGGCUUUUGGGAAAGUGAGGCUGCCACUAUGAUAUACGCAUCAAGCCUGGAAGCUUAAAUGGGUUCAUUUUCUGUAGUAAGUGCUCAGCACACAUGGAACCACCCUAUUCUGCAUCUCAAGCAUCACCAGGGAACCCGGAGCGUAGACCAGUAUGAAGCAGGUAGCCUUUUCAGUGAAAUGGCUCUGUACAGCACAUAAAAACAUUUGCACAAAGGAUUACGCCCUAAAAAGCCAUGUACAUAAAGUAACCUUUUUAUGGAAAUGGCUACACUUGCCUUGUGUAUCUCCUGUUGUCUUGGGUUAAAUUGUUAUAAGUGGCUUUAUUGGCUUAACUAGGAAUUGGAGUCUGAAGAAUCAGUUGAUUUAAAAUGCUAAAUUGGAGACCGUUGCCCUGACGACUCUGCUCUUCAAAACUCCGUCAUUACUGACAUGGAGCUGUCUUAACAUUGCAGCUGCACAUCCAAGGAUCUGCAUGGACUCUGGUUAUUGUCAGCUGUAAAGGCCAUUUUGCUGUUUCUUAGGACACGUACAAUGAUUUAUUUAUUUUUUUUGCUCGCUUUCAGUUUUACGUUGAAGUGCUUCUUGCAUUAAACCAUAUUUUCCGACCAUAAGAAUUUAGAACACCUCGCGUAUUCUGGCAUGGCGGUGUUGCAGUUUGUAUGCUGAAGUCCGUAGCUAGCAUAGAAAUAGCUCUAGAAAUUAUCGCAGAGCUGAUCUUUCUAUUAAUGACUAACCAGUAGCAGAAGUAGUCUGUGUGCUUAGAUCCUGCCCUAGUAAUAGGCUCGCUCACUUGCAGGAAAGACAACACAGCUAGUGUCCCUCAAUGGACCAGAGUCCCUUAAGGCAAUUAAGUGAUUAGUUGCACUGAAAAUCCCAUAUACCAUUCUGCUUCAGUCUCUUGUGUUUAUAUUAGGAAAAAUAGAAAUAUUGUACAGUUGAGGUUGAAGCGUGUAACUGUGGUUUUGCAGUUUUUUUUUUUUUUGUCUGCAUCUGUCUUUAGAUGAUGUUUUGUUACCUGUUAAGUUUAGCAUUUUUGGGAAAGUAAUUUUAACGUGCAAUCACGGGAUUUCAUUUACAAAGUGUAACCCCACUCCCACCCCCGAAAAAGCGCUCCGGAAGACCUCUUGCUGCCAUCUACUGGAUAAAACUGGUUACAGUUUAAGUGGAAAGCAUUAAUUAAAAGGUCUUCGUCUUGGACAAAAAGUAUGAACAAAUAGAAUCGGUAAACUGUGCAACACUUUUUGUACGUCUACUUUAUGUAGGUAAAUAUUGAAAUACAAGAAUAUUUUAAAUGAACAGUACGACAAAUUUAGAUUUUUUUUCCUAGCAUUUCUCAUGUGGCGUAAAUUAAAAUUAGUCCAACGCUGUGAGUUUGGAAUAAUUUGACUCAUGUUGAUAAAAUUAAUCAUGCAAUGGACACAGAGUUCCAGUUAUUUAUUGUUAGAAGUUAAAUAAACGUUGAAAAGUCUCCUUUUGUA